UUUGGUGGUCUUGAAGAAGCAAUAAUCUCUCAGCUCAAGUCUGUUCGUCGGAGAUUCAUCAUCUCUCAACAUCAAGAUGUUCCCAAAAUCAUAAGCUCUGGCUUAUCACAGCUCAGCUUGUUCGAUGAGAACACUUCAUCAUCACUUCAGCGUCUUGGUUUGGUUCAAGGACCACAAAGACAUGCUUGGAAACCCAUUAGAGGCUUGCCUGAGAGUUCCGUUGCUAUUCUCCGAGCUUGGCUCUUUCAACAUUUCUUGCAUCCUUAUCCGGAUGAAGCAGAGAAGCUGGUGUUGGCGUCUCAAACAGGGCUUUCCAAGAACCAAGUAUCGAACUGGUUUAUAAAUGCUCGAGUUAGACUCUGGAAACCGAUGAUAGAAGAGACGUAUAGAGAGGAAUUUGGAGAUUCCUCCGAUGAAUCCAUGCAAAGAGAAGCUAAUGAUGAUUCGAACUGACUGAAACCAUAG